AUACUCUCUCGUAACGUCUCCGGUAUAUAUUGAGCUAAUGACUAUGUUAAUUCAUCAGUUCAACCGCGGAAGUCAAAGAAGAAAGAACAACAUGUUAGCAAAAGUUUUGAUUCUUGCUAUCGCUGUUGCGGCGAUUUCUAGCCAGGAUCAUGCUUACAACCACAAACGACUUUUUCACCACGCCAAGGAACACAAGCAUCAGAGUUAUGAGCAUGCCCAUCCUUCGCUUAAGUUGAGAGCACCUCAAGAACCUGCGCCAAUUAGUGAAGAACACCAGCCUGAAAACGAAAGCCACGGAUAUGUGUAUGCUCAUGUGCCUGAGAGUCAUGGACACGUUUACGAACACGCGCCAGAAGGAUAUGCGCAUGCGUACGAACAUUCAUCGGAAGGACACGGACAUGCUUAUGAACACGUUCCCGAAGGACAUGGCCAUGCCUACGAACAUGCUGCCGAAGAACACGCACCUGAAGGACACGAACACGCCUAUGUCCAUGUGCCAGAAAGCCACGGUCAUGCUUAUUCAUCACAGAGCAUCGUGCACCAUCCUUCAGCGCAUCACGAAGAAUCUCACGAAAACAGAGACGAGCACGCGUCUCCUGUUUACCAGUAUGUACAGGAACAAAAUGAGGAAGCCCAUCACCCUGAACCUGCUCCCCACAAGUACCAUGCUGUACACUACCCUGCCCCUGCACAUCAUGAGGUUGUUUCCCACAAACCAGUGCCUAAACCCCAACCUCAGCACGCCUCAUCUCACGAAGGUUUCAGCUUCCACCGCGGAGUCCAGCUUCAUCAAGCCCCUGCCCACCACCAUGAGGAACCCCACGUACCCAUAUCCGAAGACGAACCCGUUGACUAUUACGCCUAUCCCAAGUACCAGUACGAGUACCAAGUAGAGGAUCCUCACACCGGUGACAACAAGUUCCAGCAUGAGAUCCGUGAUGGUGACAAUGUAAAGGGAGUGUACAGCUUGCACGAAGCCGACGGUUCCGUCAGAAUUGUUGAAUACAGUGCUGACAAGCAUAACGGAUUCAACGCGGUGGUGAAACACACGGCUCCCGGCCAACACGUCCAUAUCGAAAGCCAUCAUCAAAACUAAACUUCGAAGACUGAUGUUGGAUUUUUAUUAAUUUCGUGCCUAUAUAAAUAAUUAUUGUUGCCUGAUUGUUACUAGAUGUGUACGUAAUCCUUUAUUAUAAUAAAGCUUAUUUAUUAAAAUUGAAUUUUGAAAAA